UCGCUUCCACAGUAUGGCCGGCGACAUUAGCUAGCGCUCGCUCUACUCUCUCUAACGGGGAAACAGCGGACUACAAGAGACUGAACUGUAUCUGCCUCUAUUUCCAACAGACUCACGUUCAACUUUCGCUCACAAAAAAAAAAAAAAAAAAAGCCGGGAAAAUUUUAUUAAUCCUUUUUUUAAAAAAAGUUAAUAUAAAAUUAUAGCAAAAAAAAAAAAAAAAAGGAACCUGAACUUUAGUAACACAGCUGGAACAAUCCGCAGCGGCGGCGGCAGCGGCGGGAGAAGAGAUUUAAUUUAGUUGAUUUUCUGUGGUUGUUGGUUGUUCGCUAGUCUCACGGUGAUGGAAGCUGCACAUUUUUUCGAAGGGACCGAGAAGCUGCUGGAGGUUUGGUUCUCCAGGCAGCAACCCGACGCAAACCAAGGAUCUGGGGAUCUUCGCACCAUCCCAAGAUCCGAGUGGGACAUACUUUUGAAGGAUGUGCAAUGUUCAAUCAUAAGUGUGACAAAAACUGACAAGCAGGAAGCUUAUGUACUCAGUGAGAGUAGCAUGUUUGUCUCCAAGAGACGUUUCAUUUUGAAGACAUGUGGUACCACCCUCUUGCUGAAAGCACUGGUUCCCCUGUUGAAACUUGCUAGGGAUUACAGUGGGUUUGACUCAAUUCAAAGCUUCUUUUAUUCUCGUAAGAAUUUCAUGAAGCCUUCUCACCAAGGGUACCCACACCGGAAUUUCCAGGAAGAAAUAGAGUUUCUUAAUGCAAUUUUCCCAAAUGGAGCAGCAUAUUGUAUGGGACGUAUGAAUUCUGACUGUUGGUACUUGUAUACUUUGGAUUUCCCAGAGACUCGGGUAAUCAGUCAGCCAGAUCAAACCCUGGAAAUUCUGAUGAGUGAGCUUGACCCAGCAGUUAUGGACCAGUUCUACAUGAAAGAUGGUGUUACUGCAAAGGAUGUCACUCGUGAGAGUGGAAUUCGUGACCUGAUACCAGGUUCUGUCAUUGAUGCCACACUGUUCAAUCCUUGUGGGUAUUCGAUGAAUGGAAUGAAAUCGGAUGGAACUUAUUGGACUAUUCACAUCACUCCAGAACCAGAAUUUUCUUAUGUUAGCUUUGAAACAAACUUAAGUCAGACCUCCUAUGAUGACCUGAUCAGGAAAGUUGUGGAAGUCUUCAAGCCAGGAAAAUUUGUGACCACCCUGUUUGUAAAUCAGAGUUCUAAAUGUCGCACAGUGCUUUCUUCGCCCCAGAAGAUUGAAGGCUUUAAACGUCUUGAUUGCCAGAGCGCUAUGUUCAAUGAUUACAAUUUUGUUUUUACCAGUUUUGCUAAGAAGCAGCAACAACAGCAGAGUUGAUUAAUAAAAAUGAAGAAAAAACGCAAAAAGAGAACACACAUAGAAGGAGGUGGUGGCUGCUUUUUAGAUAUUGAUACCGGGGGCCGUGCUUUCCAUAACCACCACCUUGUAGCUGCAGAAAGCCCUAGAUGUAAUGAUAGUGUAAUCAUUUUGAAUUGUAUGCAUUAUUAUAUCAAGGAGUUAGAUAUCUUGCAUGAAUGCUCUCUUCUGUGUUUAGGUAUCCUAUGCCACUCUUGCUGUGAAAUUGAAGUGCAUGUAGAAAAAACCUUUUACUAUAUGAAACUUUACAACACUUGUGAAAACAAUUCAAUUUGGUUUACGCACAAUGUAAUAUUUCUCCAGGUAUCAUCCAAAAUUCCCCACAGACAAGGCUUUCGUCCUCAUUAGGUGUUGGCCUCAGCCUAAUCAUCUGGGACUGUUCUAUUAAAUUGCUGCCAGGAUUUUACAUCCAGUUACCUCCACUUUCUAGAACAUAUUCUCUACUAAUAGUACUGAAACCAAUUUCUACUUCAUACAGAUGUUUUUUGCAACAGUGAUUAAAGUUUAUCUUCCACGAGUCGAGUCCUCUUCAGAAAAUGAUUGCAGUUACCCAUUUUGUGUAUUACUAUUUUAACAUUAUUGCUUCCUGUACCUGUACUUCCUUUAAUUGAUUUCAUUCCUUGCCAUGGUGUCUUGCCUCCCAACCCCUCCCCCCCUCAAUAAAGCAAUAUACUGUUACACUGUGGGUUUAUACUAAUCUUAUACCCGGGAGGGGGAAGGGGAAUGGACCCUGGGCUUAAUUUUAUUUAAAGGUCAAAGGAGUUUGUCCUCCUUUUAUAUUGGCAUGGACUCUUUUGGGAGAUAGUGACCAAAAUAAACAUGGUGAUUAGCAAAGAAGACACAUAAAUUUUAUUAGGGUAUACUGGCAGAACUGUUCCAGAAACUGUAUGCCAUUCUGUAUUCCCAUUAAUGAGAUUAGCUUCUCAUGAGUACCAUGCCUUUACUAACUUGCUAAGUGGUUGUGUAAAAGAAUUUUUAUCGCUAAGUUUAUUGGCAAGGAAAUAAAGAUAAAGGUUGUACUGGAUUUAGUAAGUCAUCUCAGAUGAUUUACCUUAACUUUUGCUUUUAGCAGCUAUCUCCAAUAAUUUUCAUUCACAGUAUAUCAUAAACUUUGGUUCAAAAUGGAGUCUGUCUUUGUCAUGUUAUGACUUAAAGUUCUUUGACUUUGUGUGAUGCAUUAUGAUGGUGUUCUGACUUCCUGGUGUUCUUUCACCAUGGUUUCAUAGAUCAAGUGAAACUUCCCAGACUGAGAACUGUUCAGGAUAUUCAGACAUACAGUGAAGCAGAAUGCUAUCCAUAAGACAUAAAAUUCCAGACGUCUAUGGGAAAUGACUAAAAAUACAGGCUUUGAGGAGUUGGCAUCAUUUAGGUAUAUUUGCAAAUACUGGGAUAUAAGCAGCUGAGAAAACAGCAAAGUUGACUAAAUUUUGUAUUCUUGUCCUCAAAGUUUUUUGAUUCUUUCUGGAUUGUUGCAGUGAUGUUUUUUUGUUCCUUCCGUAUUUAUAAAUGAAACACUUUUUUUAGUGUUUCUAAACAUAAAAUCUACUUGGUUUGAAAUCAAGUGGUUGGAACACAAAUUUUGACUUUUAUUUUAAGCAUGUUGAUUCAAAGUUUCAUUGAAGAAACUUUCAGUCAAUGGAUCAGUUUGAUUCUGUAAUUAGCACACAGUACCUAAUUAAUGUUUUGUACUGUUUUGAGGACCAAUGCUCAAAGUGGAUUUUGUUCUUGAACAGUGUCCCAGUAGAUUUGAUGACAUUUGUUGGCUUGAGGUCUGAUUUUUUUUUUUUUUCUAAUAGAUUUAAGAUUUCUAUCUAAUGUUGAAAACUGCACAAAUUUGUAUGGAAUAAAGCCUAGAAAAAUUAAAACUGUAGAUUGAAUAGUAAUCAAAAUUAAUCCUAGUGUGUAUGAUGGAGGAGGGAAAAUUUUGGUGCCAUAAUUUCUCUCUUCAUGGUGUUGGACUUAAAUCAGUUGAAAUGUAUUUCUGUACCACAAUUUAAGCUUCAAUAAAAGUUUGCUUAAUUCAU